UUGCUAUAUGGUGGUAGCGCUGACUUUUAAUGUGACGUCAUAAAUUUUGUUUACAACCGAGUGUCGGUCCCUUCUGCUAUUGAAGUCCCUUUUAGGGCCGGAUUUGCACCAAAUCGUGAGAAUUAUCAACAAAUUAAGUUCGAAACUUUGUACCAAAAUAUGGAUUCGAAAUUUUCAAAUCUCACUGGCCAGGCCUGAAUGCUGAAAAUUUUUCCACAAGUUAAGAGAAAAGGUGUGAAGCAUGGUUGACCUUCUCGGAAAAUUCAAUUUCCUGAGGUGCAGGCCGCGAAUCCACUUUACCCUUUUCGCGGUCGCCUGCGUCACUCUCAUCCUGGUGGUCUACCGCCUCUCCGGUGAAUCUUCCAUCAUCGUUGAUCGAAUUCCCGUGCAGCAAACUCUUGGACAAAACUACGGCUCUAGUAGUGAUCAGCAAAGUAAUUUCCGAGAUGAGUUUUUGCAGUCGGCAAAAAUGGCGCACUCGGAAAACAAUUAUGAACCUUCCGUACCCUUUGAAGCUCUUGGACCACAAAGAAUCGUUCAUUUAGAUUUAAAGGGUGCUCCACCGAGAGUUUCGUACUUGGCUGAAUUAUUUCCACUAUUGAAGAAAUUGGGAGCCACCGGUUUAUUAAUCGAAUACGAGGACAUGUUUCCCUACUCAGGAGUACUUGCUGACGUCCCUGCCUUCAACUGCUACUCUCAAGCUGACAUCAGAGAAAUAGUCAAGUUGGCCGAGAAGAGCCGACUCGAAGUCAUUCCCCUCAUUCAGACCUUCGGUCACAUGGAGUUUCUUUUGAAGCUGCGCCCGCACAGUAAACUUAGAGAGGUCUACCGCUACCCACAAGCCAUCUGUCCCUCGCACAACAAGACUUUCCCACUUUUGACUACAAUGGUGGACCAAAUUUUGCAACUACAUCCUCAUUCCAAAAGACUGCACAUAGGAUGUGAUGAGGUCUACCAACUUGGUGAUUGUCCCCGGUGUGUGUCAGUGAUGGGCCAAGAGCGGUGGGGCAAAAUCGACCUCUUCCUCAGUCACGUCUCUCGUAUUGCUGGCGUCGUUGCGGCUCGGGGUGUCAAGCCCUUGGUUUGGGACGAUGAGCUGAGAAAGGCCACUGCCGAGCAACUCAGUUCAUGGGGACUGCCUGAUUUAGUAACCCCAGUGGUGUGGAAGUACACGAAUGACGUUGCCCAGCACUUGCCCUCCGAAUUUUGGAGCAAACUCUCCGAAGCUAAGCUUUCCCCUGUGUUUGCCGCAUCUGCUUUUAAGGGUGCAACUGGUGCUGAUCAAGAUGUGCCUGACAUUAUGUACCACUUGGAAAACCACAGAUCGUGGGCACAUGUUGCCGACAACGCACAAAAAAACUACGGAGUUCAGUUUCAAGGAAUUAUUCUGACUGGCUGGCAAAGGUACGACCAUUUUGCCGUCCUGUGCGAGUUGCUCCCUGUUGGAAUGCCAUCAUUGGCAGCCAACUUGGCUCUCCUGGCUGGGGCAAGUGGCGAAGCCAUGGCUCUGAGCAAAGCCAGGUCCAUGUUGAACUGCCAAAGCAGUAUCGAGAUGGCCGUGAAAUACCCUGGGGCUGGGCUCAGGUGCAACUACCCUGGCAGCGAGGUGCUCGAGGCUGUAUUGCGCCUCAAAGCAAUGAAGAAAGAGCUUGCAAAGCUACAGGAGGAGUCAACUGUCAAAGGCUGGAUGACAGAUUACAACUUAAAACACAAUUUCUCGUCUCCGACCUACGUCGAGCACGCCACUGCCGAGUUGGACCGUUUCAGAGCCGAACUCCUCUACAUAGAACGAGACAUCCGAACGUCAAUGUCGUCAGUGUACGACAGAUACACUGCCGAAGAGUGGGUCAAGACAAACAUCAGGCCCAUCGGCGAAAACCUUCAGAAAACAUUUGACGCGCGGGAGAGGAUACUUUCAAAAGAAGACUGGCCGAGAAGACCCUUAGACAUUUAAAAUUCUCUUAUCUGCAACUGAUUAAAUUAUGUAAUAUUCCUGAGCAUGUCCACUGUGAUAACCUUUAAGGAGAAAUUAUGUGAGGAAAGUGUGAGAUUGAAUUGAGAGUUAGAGAAUUUUGGAAAUUUCUCUUGCCGAGUUUGGAAAAAACACAAUUGAGCAUUGCACAUGCGUGAUUUGUACAAAUCUAGAAUUACCUCGUCAUUGUGAAAAAAAAGAUCCAUCGACGUUUUUGACGUAAAUAUCCAUCUUUCCCAGAUAAUUGACUAGUCAUUCGCUAUCCAUUUGAAAAACUUGUUAAUGAACUUAAAAUGUAAUAAUAUUUAAAAUACGUAGUUCCAUCGUAAUAGGAAUUUCAUCUUUUGGCAUAAAACCAGCGUUCGCAAUUAAUUGCCAAUAGAAAGUCGUAGUAUUAUUGUCUUUUGAGUAUUUUGUUGAAACUGAAGCUUAUUUUUUUGGAAAAUAUUCAUGUGAAAAAGGUAAUGAUUCUUCAAAACGUAAAUCUCAUUGAUAUUAGAAAGCAAGAUAUUGUACACAAGUAAUGUUAUAGGAACAAUUUCCCUUUUAUGAGUGUUGCAUUUGUUAAAAAUCCAAAUAAAAUUUGACUUGACAAAAAUAAAAUAUUUGCGAUAAU